GGCGGGCGCAGCGGGGGGAGGAGGCGGCCGCGGCGGCAGCAGCGGCGGCGGCGACGGCGGCGGCGGAGUCCGUGCUCCCGGAGUGUCUCAGCGCGCGCGGGGCCGAGUUGCUGGCGUCUCCCCUCUCGCUGUGCGCGGAGGAGAUGGGCCCGUGAGCGCUGCUCCCAGCCGAGCUGCCUGAGCCGCCCCCUCCCUCCCUUCCCCCCUCCCUGCCCCCGGUCGGCGGCGAGGCGGAGCGCUGCCUCCCCCUCCUCCCCCCUCGGCGCCUGUGGCCCGGCCGCGGCCGUCCCCUCCUGGUCCCCUCACACUCACACACACAGGCCGGGCAUUGAUGGUAAUGUAUGCGAGGAAACAGCAGAGACUCAGUGAUGGCUGUCACGACCGCAGGGGGGACUCGCAGCCCUACCAGGCUCUUAAGUACUCGUCCAAGAGUCACCCCGGUGGUGGUGAUCACCGUCAUGACAAGAUGCGAGACACCACAGAUCCUUCACCACCAAAUAAAAUGUUGCGGCGCUCUGAUAGCCCUGAAAACAAAUAUGGUGACAACACAGGGCACAGUAAAGCAAAAAGUGUGCAUACUCACAGAGUUAGAGAGAGGGAUGGUGGUGACCUGAACCCAAAGGGAGAAAACAGAAAAUGGACCAGUUACUCUCCACAAGAAAAUUCACAUAACCACAGUGCUCUUCAUAGUUCAAAUUCACAUUCUUCUAAUCCCAGCAAUAAUCCAAGCAAAACUUCUGAUGCAGCUUACGAUUCUGCAGAUGAUUGGUCUGAACACAUCAGCUCUUCAGGCAAAAAAUACUACUACAACUGCCGAACAGAAGUUUCACAAUGGGAAAAACCAAAAGAGUGGCUGGAAAGAGAGCAGAGACAAAAAGAAGCAAGCAAAAUGUCAGUUAACAGUUUUCCAAAAGAUAGGGAUUACAGAAGAGAGGUGAUGCAGGCGACAGCUGCCAGUGGGUUUGCCAGUGGAAUGGAAGACAAGCAUUCCAGUGACGCCAGUAGUAUGCUCCCACAGAAUAUUUUAUCUCAAACAAGCAGGCACAAUGACAGAGACUACAGACUGCCAAGAGCAGAGACUCACAGUAGUUCUACUCCAGUACAGCAUCCCAUCAAACCAGUGGUUCAUCCAACUGCUACCCCAAGCACUGUUCCUCCUAGUCCAUUUUCUCUACAAUCUGAUCACCAGCCAAAGAAAUCCUUUGAUGCUAAUGGAGCAUCUACUUUAUCAAAACUGCCUACAUCCACAUCUUCCAUCCCUGCACAGAAAACAGAGAGAAAAGAGUCUGCAUCUGUGGACAAGUCUGUAUCACAUUCUUGCACAACUCCUUCUACAUCUUCUGCUUCUGGACUGAAUCCAACUUCUGCACCUGCUUCAUCUGCUCCUACAGUUCCUGUCUCGCCUGUCCCACAAUCACCAAUUCCUCCGUUACUUCAGGACCCAAAUCUCCUUCGACAGCUGCUGCCUGCUCUGCAGGCCACCCUGCAGCUUAAUAAUUCUAGCGUAGAUAUAUCCAAAAUCAAUGAAGUUCUAACAGCAGCUGUGACACAAGCCUCUCUGCAGUCUAUACUCCAUAAAAUUCUUACUGCUGGACCAUCUGCUUUCAAUAUCACUUCCCUAAUUUCUCAAGCUGCACAACUGUCUACGCAAGCUCAGCCAUCUAAUCAGUCUCCAAUGUCUUUAACAUCUGAUGCCUCAUCACCAAGAUCGUAUGUAUCGCCAAGAAUAAGCACGCCUCAGACUAACACCGUUCCACUUAAACCUUUGAUGACUACGCCACCAGUAUCAUCGCAGCAGAAGGUUGUUACUCCAGGUGUUAAACAAGGACCAGCUUCACAAGCAGCACCUCAGCAGCCAGUAAUAGCUGACAAGCAGGCAGGACAUGAACCUGCCUCUCCGCGAAGUCUUCAGCGCUCAAGUCAAAGAAGCCCAUCACCAGGUCCAAAUCAUACCUCUAGCACUAGUGCAUCAAAUUCAACACCUGCACCGCAAAAUACAUCUGUACGACCCACUUGCUCAUUAACACCUACGCUAGCAGCACACUUCAAUGAAAAUCUUAUAAAGCAUGUUCAAGGCUGGCCUGCAGACCAUGCAGAAAAGCAGGCAUCAAGAUUACGUGAGGAAGCCCAUAACAUGGGAAGUGUCCAUAUGUCAGAAAUUUGUACUGAAUUAAAGAAUUUAAGGUCUUUAGUUCGAGUAUGUGAAAUUCAAGCAACUUUGCGUGAGCAAAGGAUACUAUUUUUGAGGCAACAAAUUAAAGAACUUGAAAAGCUAAAGAAUCAGAAUUCCUUCAUGGUGUGAAAAGUUGUAAACAAUUGCACAUGGUUUUGAGUACAGGAACUAUUAAACUGAUGCCCAGUCUUAA